UCACUUCACAUUUACCUUUGUACUCCUCCUCCUCCUCCUCCUCUUCUUCUUCUUUUGUUCACCUUCUUCCACCUACAAAAAAGUAAAAGAUAUGUCUUCGAUGAUGAACUCACAAGGAAUGGCUCUGGCCACAGCCAUGGCUGCCGUCUCCGGCACCGUUAUUCUUCUCUCUUUUUGCAUCCAAAAAACCAUCCCAAUCCAUCAAUUCUCAUCUCCAACUCUCCGUUCUUGUUUUCCCUCCGAGUCCAGCAAGAAAAAGAAGAAACAGAAUAAUCAGAAGAAAAGGGUUCAUUUUGCAAAGGACGUCGUGGAUCCAAUUGGUAACGGGGAGGAUUUUCGAAGACAACACGAAAUCGCAUACAGCAACAAUUAUUCGUCCUCUUCGCCGGCGCAAAACCCCCCAACAGCAGCGGCAGACCCAAGAAUGCCGGCGAACAGAGUGGCACUUUACAACGGGAUUAUGAGAGAUCGUGUUGUUCACCGAUACGCUUACUCUUGUUGAAAAUAUUUUUUCUGUACAAAACUGAAGUUGAUUUCUGGCUUCUGGGUGUUUCGGCAAAUAUUGUAAAUACCAUUUUUCUGUAGAAAUUGAAGUGAUUUCCUGUUCUUUCUUAUUUUGUUUAGAAAAUUAAGAAUGAAGAAUUGGGGGUUUAUUUAUUUAUGUUGACCGACAAUAAUAGGAGCUUGGUUUGGUUGA